GACGGCGCCCCUUUAAGUUGACCAGUGCCCUAUCCGUCGAAGAAUCUUAGUUGGGAAGUGAAACAGAAUGAAAAUGCAAAUCCGGCUGCCAACAGGAGAGGUUACAACAGUGCAACUGGAAUAUGAAAGAUUGGAAAAGCACUGUUUCAAAUGUUUCUCACUUUCCCAUGAAGAAAGAUCUUGCCCUCUGGUGAGUGCUGCUAAAGAUGGUGAUGGUAGAUCCUUGGGUUUGAACCAGAACAGAACUCUCCAAAAUCUUGAAGAUGACAAGAGGCGUCAAGACUCUAGAAGGAGCUACAGGCAGCCUCCUCGAAGUGAUGUCAGCAGGGACAGAGGAGAGCAUUCUAGUUAUCCCCAGCGUGGGCAUCAUAGACACUAUUCCUCUUCUUCUUACCAGCGUGGAAAGAGUCAUAGGAGCUCAGGAUUUCGUGGAGAAGUCAGAAGUGGAGGUCGUUCUGCUACCCUGCGUUCCCCUCUGCGGGCUCCCAGUCAGACUGAGAACAACUCUGUGUAUAGGAAUCGUCCCAUACAUCGCAGUUCUUCCAAUAGGGAGGAGUACUCCGCUCAACUGAAUGCUUUGUCUGGAGGGAGUCAUCGCAGACAGCCCUCUCAUUUACCCUCUAAUAGGGAUCGUGUGGAAGAAACUCCAGCAGCUUCAAAAGUUAGGUCUCUGCCUGAUCAAAGCGGUCAAUCUCCCUUGAUACAAGAGACAGAGCAGGUGGUAAUUAGGGCAUCUACAAGAGAAAAAGCUGCGGUGGUUAGCUCUUCCAAAGCUAGGAGACCGGCCUUGGAAAGAAUUCCUCAGUAUUUAGGUGAGCCUUCCCAACAAGCUAUGUGUAGGGGUGAACUUUUAGUAGGAGAUUGCUCAAAGUUUGGUCUGCCUUCACCACCCCCAGUUCCACAAGAUGUGGAGGUUAGAAUUCCGGCUUCACUCCGGUUGGGUUCCCCAAUUGAAUCAGUAACUAUUACUCUUCCUAGCAAGAUGCCAGCAACUAAAGCCACAAGGAAAAGGAAGGUGCCUGCAGCCAAACCAGUUAAACCAGUUAUUCGAUCAUCAACUAAUACUAGAGGCACUCGUAGCCCUCUCAAAGGAACAAGCCUCAGGAAACAAGCUGUAACAGGAACAAAAAUAUCUUCUCGGAAAAAGCUAAGAGUUGAUAGUCUACCUGAGACUCAGGCUGGUCCCUCCUCAGCUACACUUCCUGAUCCUCUUCUCCCAAGUUUAAUCCCUGCGACUUGCAAAUCUCAGUCUCUUCUUACUCGCAUCUGGUGGGAUUCAAAACCGGAUAAAAGAAAGAUGGCUUGGAUCUCCUGGGAUAAUCUGACCCUUCCAAAGAUUGCAGGCGGGCUAGGCUUUAGAGAGAUUGAGAACUUCAACGAUUCCUUAACAAUCUCCGAGGAAGAAGUCCUUCUAAGGGCGAUCACUGAUGCUCGUAGCUGGAUGGAUGCUCAAGCCCUCCUCCCGCAGCCACAAAUGAGAUCCCAAAGCCCAGCUGUUCCGCCCAUAUUUCCGGAGGCUUUCACGUGUUUUGUGGAUGCUGCUUGGUCUGAUAAGGGUUUUUGUGGACAGGGGUGGUAUUUUCAGGACACUAACAAGGUGAUGUUGUUUCAGAAAAAAGCUUCUUGUAGCUUUGUUGGUUCUGCUCUAUUUGCAGAGACACUGGCUUUGCAAUCAGCCUUGGUGGAUGCGAAAUCUGCAGGUUUGCAACAGCUUAUCGUCUUCUCCGACUGUAAAGUGUUAAUCUCCCUUCUCAAUUCUGGAAACAGUAUCGUUGAACUUCGAGGACUGCUCCAAGAUAUUAGAGAGCUGAGUGUUUCCUUUACUCUUAUCCGUUUCUUCUUUAUUUCUCGUUCUAGCAAUGUAUUGGCUGACUCCUUAGCAAAAGCAGCCUUAGCUGAUGUAAUCUCUUCACCCCCGAGUGGUGAUUAAGACUCUGUUUUCAUUUAUAUAAUGAUAGUUUGCCCAAAAAAAAAAAAAAAAAUCAAGCAAGAAAAACUUAUUUAUAGGAGAUUGUAGAUGUUUAUGGUUAGGUUUGAUUGUAAAGCGAGAAAAUCUUGGUGAUCAAGUUUAAAAUCCCAAAAAUCUUGAAAUUUGAAAUUAUUGCUAACUAUCAUAAUUUACUCCAUAAAUUGUAUUAGGCAUA